AUGGACCAACUCUGUCUCUGCCUCUUUGUGGCCACAGCGGCUCUACUUCUUCACACAGGGGCGUGCACAGAUAAAACUGUGACCUGUGGGGCCCACGUGCACCGCCUCAACUGUGACAGUGGAGUGAUCAGUGUGGACACAGCGUUCUACGGUCGUGCUGACACUGACACCUGCGCUGGCGGAAAGUCACCAGAAGAGGUCGCCAACACGGCCUGUUCCCACGCUGACGCACUGCAGGAGCUCCAGAGCAGGUGUAAUGGAAAAAAAUGGUGUGAGCUGAACGCCAAUGUGUUUUUGGAGGACCCCUGCAGCGGCACGUUCAAAUACUUGGAGACGUCCUACUCCUGCGUCCCGGCCAUCCAUCGUGUGGUGUGUGAGCACUCCAUGGCCUAUCUGCAGUGCGACGCUGGUAAAACCAUUAAAGUCCUGGGAGCAGACUUCGGGAGGAGGGAUCAUGUGACCUGUGCCUUCAGACGAGAACCGGCUCUGGUCCAAAAGAUCGACUGCUCCAAACCAGUGCCUAUUGUGGCCCAAAUGUGCGAUGGGAAGAACCGUUGUAAAGUGCGAGCGGCAGAGAUGGUGGUGGAGGAGAGCUGCGCAAACACAUCUCUGUAUCUGGAGUACGCCUACACCUGCAACUGA